AUGCUGAAAUCCAAAACGGAACCAACAAGCCAACCCGGACCAACCCCUGUUUUAUGUGAUUCUAUCACGACGAAGAACGUUAACUCAGGGCCGGUCUCCCCGACAGGACAGCCAGCCGGACCGCCCACUACAUUGGUGGCAGCGGUGCCCACGAGCUCCGCUCCGCACAACCGUGCCAACAAUUCCUCAUACACCACACUGCCCUUGAAGCUAACUGCUUACGAUGAGAAGAAAGACUUUUCCGCUUGGCUCCGGCGCUCUCGAUUCCAUGCUGGAGUGGUUCCUCCCCAAGACCAAAGUAUGGCCAUCGUACAGAGUCUAACGGUCACCCAACUGGAUAAGGCACUGGACGCCGGGUUAUCCGAGGAAACCCCACUGGCCCAACUAUGCAGUGAGUUGGAAAACCUGCUGCAAUCCUCUAUAUCUAAACGAGAGGCGUUAUACCGCAUGUACUCGCGACGGAGACUAAUAGCUGUAUCGGCCAAGGACUUCGCAGACGGCUUAUACUGCCUUUGUAAGGCGGCGUUUUCGUCUAUCUCCCCUGCCGACUGCAACGACGCCGUCGUCUACCACUUUAUUAAAUACAUUGAACCAUCCGAACUACGCCGUUCACUCCUACUGCAGCCACCCCACGACCUCCAAGACGCCAACAGUCGUGUAAACCAUUACUCAACACUGCCACAUUCUGACUUACCCCGCCAGUCAUUUCUUCAAAACAAUCAAGCCCAGAACUGGCAACGAGACGAUGGCGGUAAUCACAACCGGCCGGGACCCUUUAACCGAUUCCAGUACCCCAGACGCGGGGAGUAUAACCGUUUUGGCAACCCCCAAGUCUGCGCAUGUCACAGCCACCGGUCAAACCCAUCCAACGAACUUGCCGGAUCGGGUACGUGUUCCAUUCCGCUUGUCUCCCAGCUUCAUGCCACAGUACCACCAUUGUCUACUGAACUACUUCUUAAUCAGCGACAGAUCCGCGCCUUAAUAGACACGGAGGCGACGAUAUCGUUAGUAAACCCGCAACUACUGUCCCAUGCACAAAAUGUGCAGAUAGACCCGAGACCCCGGUCCACAUGCUUAACCACAGCAGAUGGCUCUCGGUUGGACUGCAUCGGCAGCAUUUUGUUACAACUGACAUUUCAGUCCGGGUUGAGACAAAAUAGCUUUUUGGUAGUGCUAGGACUAGCUAUGGAUAUAUUGCUAGGACUCGAUUUCCUCAGUAGAUACAAUUGUGACACCAGCGUACUAUCGAGUUCCAAAGACCACUCUCUACUACACAGGCCGACUCACCUACGUUCGACGAAGACGCAGUGUGUGCCGCUAUUCAAGCCACAGUUGCCUUACCAACCGUUCACAUCGACACCAUGCUACCUGACACCACGAAUGUAACCGACAACGACCGUGAGAUAUUGAGAGCCCUACUAACAGAGUUCACAGAAGUUUUUGCGUGGGAUGACGACUCUCUAUGCAGAGCGACAUAUCUGCGGCACUCCAUCGACACCGGCAGUGCCAAACCGGUAUGACAGCCACCUCGGCGACUACCGGCCCAUUUCCAGGACGAAGUCAGUCAAAUGAUUGAUUUUAUGCUUAAGAAUCGAGUUAUGCGCCCGUCAAACUCACCAUGGGCAUCUCCCGUUACCCUAAUACCGAAGAAAGACGGGAAGCUACGCCUUUACGUCGACUACCGCAGACUCAACGCCUUGACCACUCGAGACUCCUUCCCACUUCCCCGUAUCGAUGUGACCCUGGAGGCACUAGCCGGCGCACGCUGGUUUUCUACUUUAGAUCUUAAAUCGGGGUACUGGCAGGUCGAGAUAGAACCUGCAGACCGCCACAAGACAGCAUUUACACUUUCACAAGGACUAUUCGAAUAUGAGACCAUGCCAUUCGGCUUAUGCAAUGCACCAGCAACAUUUCAGCGCCUGAUGCAAGUCGUCCUUGGUUAACUGCUACCAAAUCAGUGCCUGGUCUAUUUAGACGAUGUUAUAGUUUUCGGACGCACCAUAGCACAUCAUAAUUAAAACCUCGCGGCCGUUUUAACCGCACUGAGCGACGCGGGUUUAUGUCUUAACCCACAGAAGUGUUUGUUUUUACGUGACAAGGUCACCUAUUUGGGACAUGAAAUCAGUCGAGAAGGCAUCCAGGCUUCCCCGGAGAAAGUCAACGCUGUUAAAUUGUGGCCGAUUCCUAAAUCAGUAACCGAACUCCGUAGUUUUCUUGGAUUAGCGUCUUACUAUCGCAAAUUUAUUUCAAAUUUUGCAUCCAUUGCUCAACCAUUACAUCGGUUAACCGAGAAAGGACGAAAAUUUACGUGGACUGACGACUGUCAGAUUGCUUUCGACGAUCUGAAAGCCCACCUGCUCUCUGCACCGAUACUCACACUACCAAACACGGAAGCAGACGCUCCGCCGUUUAUUCUGGACACAGACGCCAACGGGUUCGCCAUGGGGGAGUGCUAUCACAAGCUGAUGCCAACGGAACCGAACGACCUGUUUGCUUUGCCAGCAAGACGUUAUCAAAGCCACAACUUAAUUACUGCACUUAUCGUCGCGAACUUCUGGCCCUCAUAACGUUCGCUAAACAGUUUCGAGCGUUUUUGAUCGGCAAACCAUUUAUCCUGCGGACUGACCACAAAGCCUUGCAGUGGCUACAGAAUACGAAAGAUGCAGAAGGACGGUUAACAAGAUGGCAUGAGACACUUCAGCAGUUUACCUUCUCAUGUCAGUACCGGCCAGAGACUAAACACACCAACGCUGAUGCUCUCUCCCGCCGCUAUGACGAAUCGACCUCUGAGGCGACCGCGACACCAGAUGUUACCAUCAAUGCCGUGCACAUGAGCGAACCUACGCGGUACCAUUGGACAGUGGCACAAAGCACCGAUCCCGACACAGCCAUCCUGUACAACCACCAAAGUGCGGGCAGGCACCGACCGACAGACGAGGAUCUUAGAGGAUCAUCUGAAGUCGCUCAUCUACUACGCAAUUACUGGCCUAACAUCUUCAUUGACAACGACUUACUUUUCAUUAAAGAAACUGCCAAUUCCACUCCUCUUGUUGUUGUGCCUGGCAGCUUAAUAAUUCCCGUUUUAACUGAUUUACACCAUGAGCUCGGUCACGUGGGCCAGGCUAAAACCGAAAAUGCAGCCAGGCAACGAUUUUGGUGGCCACAGUUACGUGAAACGGUGGCCACAUUUUGUAACAGUUGUCCUGUUUAUGCGUCGUUUAAAAGCCCUCAACAAUGAUUUCGCGCUCCUCUCCAGCCUAUGGUCACAGGGUUUCCGUUCCAACGCGUUGGGGCUGACAUAAUUGGACCUUUGGCCUAUUCUACUUCCGGAUAUCAGUAUAUCUUAGUCAUGGUCGACUAUUUCACUAAAUGGGCAGAAGCCAUACCCCUCCGCAGACAGGAUGCGCUAUCAGUGACAACUGCCUUCUUUAACGACUGGAUUUGCCGUUUUGGGGCUCCCCUUUCCCUUCACUCAGACUGUGGCGCCAACUUUGAAAGUAAGUUAAUACAAGACGUAUGCGAUCAGUUACACAGUCACAAGACACGAACAACCCCGGCACAUCCCGAAGGCAACGGACAAGUCGAACGAACCAAUCGCACUCUCAUAAACCUUCUAAAAGCGUUUGCCGAGCAUCAUCGACCUUUCAACUGAAACACUAGGCUACCCUAUGCCCUAAUGGCUUAUCGCGCGACGGUUCACUCCUCUACAGGAUACUCGCUUUUUUAUGCUUACUGGACGGAACUUCCGACUACCUAUGGACUCCAACAUACCCAUCAUGGAAUCCGAGACCUACACCACCGGCUCUUACAUGCUGGAGCUUCAAGAACUAUUACGAAUCACACACAAUUUAGCACGUGAACAUCUAGGUUCAGCAUAUCAACGACAGAAAGAAAACUUCGACACACAAGUUUCCGGCACUCCUUAUCAACCAGGCGAUCUUGUUCUGCGUUACCGACCCAUACCACCCGUUGGCGUAUCAGCGAAGUUUUUCCAUCCUUGCGAAGGCCCUUUCCGCAUUCUUCGCGUCAUCCUACCUACCACAUACCUUAUACAGGAUGCCACAAUGCCCAAUAGCCCAACCAUGACUGUUCAUUUUGACAAAUCAAAGCCCUUUAGAGGACGCUUACUACUAGCACCACACGACACCCUACCCAUCCUUCCCGAUCAUUUAGUUCCAGAACCCUCCAACGAAAUUACCAUACAUGACCCUUUACCGCGCGUCCCUGGGGACCCUGUAGACAGGGUCCCACCCUGAGGGGAGGAAAGUGUGAUACGGCAGGAGUGAACUGACCGUUUUCUUUCUGUUUUAUUAUAGUGGCCUGUUUCUGAAAGGGAGUAGUGUGUGUUUUUUGUGCCUGCAGGAUCUACGGAAGGAGCCCGCACUCCAACCCCUGUAGCGGCCUCCAGCUCUACACUUCCCGUGCUUCAACCAGCCAGCGACCGUGAUUAUAUUGUUUGA